CCUAUAAACCCUAAAACCCUUCUUCUCUCUUUUAGUCUAUCUCUCCUCUUUUUUGAGUCACCGAGCUCUCUUCUGCGAAACUCACGGUUUCCAUCUCUGUUGUGUAGAAGCACGAAGAAAACAUGAUAAAGAGACGAUUUUACAAGCUUGAGCAUGGUGAUAAAGACAGUGGAUCCGAUUCGUCUUGCUUCUCUUCUGAUUCUGAUCCUGAAACAGAGGAAUCAGAAGAAUCUGAAGAAGAAGACUCUGUUGCAGAAGUUUCCGAGGACGAUGAUGAUUCAGGAGAUGAUGAUGAAUCCCCAGCUGCUGAAGAUGAUGAUGAUGCUGAUGCUGAUGAUGAUAACUCUGAUGGUGAUGACUAUGGAGGGAGAUUGGAGGACAUGUCAAUGAGUCGUUAUUUCGAAGAACCACCGGAGGAGGUGGAAGAGAACUAUAUUCUAGGUUGUAUGAUAAAAUCCAAAUCGGUUUAUAAAUGCAGAUAUUGUCCAACCGUUGUUUGCUUGAAUGAGAACACAAUGCAAGCACAUGUUUCAUCAAAGAAGCAUGCUCGUAUGGAGAAAUUAGUGAAUGGAGGAAACCUCAGAGCCGAUGAUGAAGAAGUUGACGAUCCAGAGACGCCCUCUCAGGAGAAGCAGACAAAAGGAAACAAAAGAGUACAAAGACAGAGUAAGAGAUCACAGAAACAGGAAAAGGGUUCAUCGACCAAACAUGCAGAAAACGAAGAAAUUGAUGAUCCAGAGACGCCAUCUCAGGAGAAACAGAUAAAAGGAAACAGAAGAGCGCGAAGAGAGCAUAAGAGAUCACAACGACCGGAAAAGGGUUCAUCGAUCAAACAUGGAGAUACCAAAGAUGUUGAUGAUCCAGAGGCACUACCUCAGGAAAAGCAGAUAAAAGAAAACAGUAGAACGCGAAGACAACGUAAUAGAUUACAAAAACAGGAAAAGGGUUCAUCAGCCAAACUAGGAGGGAACGAACAAGUUGAAGAUCCAGAGAUGCCAUCACAGGAGAAACAGAUAGAAGGAAACAGUAAGUCACGUAGACAGCAGAAGAGAUCAGAGAAACAGGAGAAGAGUUCAUUGACCAAACAAGGAGAACACGAAGCUGCAACACAAAAAUCUAGAAAGAAAAGGCGUCAAACUACGGAUUGAAACUGUAGUAUUUACAGCAAUAUGAUAGGCCUGAAAAAUUAAUCCUUUUCACUUGGAAUCGAUGGAUAGAUGAAGAAAGAUAGGAUGACUGGAUGAGGAGUGAGUGUUUUGAGUUGAUUAUGUUCUCUCUUAGCUUAAAGUUUUGUCUACAAACCUGGUGCUACUGAAUAUUAUUUUGAUAUAUUGAGUUAUACAAUUGUUGUGUUUCUGUUUUGUUUA